AUGUCGACAUUCGAUCCCGAGGCGCUCAAGAAGCUGCAAGAUAAGACCGCUGCUCUCCGUCUUGGUCAGUUGGCGCUGGUCUCUGUCUCUUUCGUCCCUUGCACCUGCUCGAGCUCCCGUUGCCGUCCCUCUGCGCAUGCGACCCUCGAAUGGGCAUCCUACCGUCGUCCCGCUCGUACGCCCCACUGACUUUAACGCUUGACCUACCAAUUAUAUCGCACGAUGAUGUUGCUCCAUGCAAUGUGCGCAUCUGGAACAGGCGGAAAGGGCACGGUCCGACGGAAGGUCGUGGCCAAGCCUCGCGCCGGUGGAAGCGACCAGAAGCUGCAGGCUGCCCUCAAGAAGCUCAACGUUCAACCCAUGCAGGGUCAGUAGCGCUCCACAACUAUAUGAAUGGUUGUAUCGUUGGAGAAGACAGCUUGUCCGGCCGCUGCGUGCCCGUACACGAGGAGGAAACGGCUUCUACCCCCGCCCCCCCCCGACGCAAUCCCGCUUGUUCCAAGAGACUCUUGUACUGAUCCUCGGGCCUGUCUGCCAUCACCGCAGGUGUCGAGGAGGUCAACAUGUUCAAGGCUGAUGGUGGUGUCCUGCACUUUAGCGCACCAAAGGGUCAGUGCCUUCCUCGCCUCGCCUCUGGAUGGUUUGCCGUCCUUUGUCUGACCUAUUUGUACCCCGCUUUCUUCUCACUGAACGAACCUUGCACCCUCGAUCACAACCUUGAUCAUCCUCGAAAUUGAUGUUUGAUACGCUACCCGCUGCAACUGUUUCCAAAACUGUCCAUGGCACCUCCGUCUGGGGAAUGCGCUCUCAAUCGCAACCCCCACACGCAUUUUCCCUUCGCCCACGCCUCGAUCUUCCGACCCAAUCCAAUUUGAUCGACUACAGUCCACCACGCGAUCGCGGCCAACACCUUCGCCAUUUAUGGUCAAGGCAAGGACAAGGAGAUCACCGAGCUUGUCCCCGGUGUCCUGUCCCAGCUCGGUCCCGACGCGAUGGCCAACCUGCGAAGGAUCGCCGAAUCGUACCAAACCUCGCAAGGGCAGGCCGCUUCGAUGGGCCCCAACGCGGUCGUACCGGAGGCUGAUGAUGAUGAUGAUGCCGUACCAGACCUGGUCGACACCGCAGCGGUCAGUACUAGUCGUCUUGAAGCGGUUGAGAUGGAGUGCCGAGGCUGAUUUGAGCUCCGUUUGGGUGUGAGCAACGUUGAGCAGGGCGAGCCGAGCAUUGAGGACAUUGUAAGUCCCCAUCUCACCAAGGGUAUUUGAACGUUUUGCUAACUCAUGAUCGUCAUUCCCACAGAACUAA